AUGGCAUCCACUGGGCUCGACCGUCCCGGCGCUGGGGUCGGCAACGCGACGGUCGCGUCCUCCAUCUCCGCCACAAGAGCGAUCCUCGUCGUCAGCGAGGCGAGCCAGCUGCAUCAGCUGUCGGCUCUCGCGGCUGCCCAGGAUCGGAUGUCAACCGGUCAAGGCGAUGUUCUUUCGAGGAAACGGAUGGCGGAUGGCGAGGUGAAGAGUUGCAACAAAGGACACUCUCGAAAUACAAGCGCUGUGAGCGCCAUCUCGACUGCUAGCACGAUUGGCGAUCUAUCACACGAUCUCAAGACGCGUCUGUCAUAUGCCAUGAUCAAGGUCAACAACGGCUGGCAGUAUCGCUCUCUCAAUGAAGUCGAGACACUGGCCUCUCAAGGCGUAUCGCCAACCUCUAGCACUUCUACCCCUGGUCAUCGCCGCAAUGGGUCGUCUGCCAGUCCGCAGAUGGGCGCGCGGCCCAUGGUUCAUUUUGUCGACGGCCCAGUACCCAGACGAAAGUCCAACUCGCCGCCGCGCCUUGGACAUCAACAAGGUCUCGCGCCCCCAGCGUCUAUCCGGCCGUCAGUUGGUAUGGCGCCCACCGGCUCACAUCCUCGCCGCAAUUCGAACACCCGCUAUACCCCUACAAUGCUCUCACAGUCACGUUCUGCCGGUGGACCUCGAACACCAGCGCAGCUGUCGGCCCUUCAGACAAACCUCUUACGACCAGGGGCGCAAGUGCAAUUACCACAGCCCAACAAUCGAGAACAGGAUGCCAUCGAGACGCUAUUGUUCAUGAGCAGCCCCAACAACUCGGCUAAUUUAAAGCAUUCCUUUUCCCCGGCAGGCUCACCCGGGCCUAGCUCCCAGCCUAUUCCCAAGAGCACGACGCGCCAGCCUUUGCCAACUGGGCCUAGGAAGGCACUUCCUGGGCAGAAGACGGGGCAAGGUGCCAAACGGGUUGGGUUCGACGCUUCGCCAGGCCAGGCGGUCGCUCCUGGCUCGCCGAUGGAGCUUGACUCUCCGCACCGCGAUAGCCCUCGUGGGAUGUCGCGAAGGAGGACCGAUGCCGGAGGACACGUGCGGAGCGCGAUGUCCUUGCCCAGCGCUCUAGGUAUCACGCACGUCCCCCUCCGAAAACCAAUGAGCGACAAAGAUAUAGACCGGAUGCUCGAUCGAGGCGACGAUGGAAACAACAGCUCUGACGAUGAGGAAAUCCAGAUUCCUCGGAGAAACGGCGUGGGGGCUAUACACGCUUGA